GCAAAGAGGUUUUUGUACGUUUGUGUCUUUUGUCCAGAUAUCUAAGAAGAAAAAAAAUUUAAGGCACUUCCGUGGGCGUCCUAAGAAACAGGAAGUUAUCUGGGCUCCGUGGUCGGAUAAAGGCGAUUGGUGGUGUUUGGAUGCGAAAGGUGUACGAGUGCUAUUCGAGAAGGUGCGCGAGAUCAGGGCAGUUUAGGAGAAGCGUAGCAGCAGUUGCAAACAAGGGAGGUGCCCUUGACAGAAGCGCAGAGAAAGAAAAGUGGAUUAGCAGAAAAUCGGAACGCCAUUGUUUUUUCCCUGGUUUUCCUGGAGGUCAGUGCGUGAAAGUUUUUCGUCCUACGGGGAAAUCAGUGCCGUGGAAAAGUAGGAAAACGCCAUCCAGUGCGUCAGGCAACGCCAAGACCGCCCAGAAGGAGCCCAAUUUUUCGACCCAAAGAGAAAAACCAACUUGAACAAAAACGAUGACGCAGUUUUUGUUUUGAUCAAUUUCAUCUUUUUCGGGGCUUUUUCCUUCGGAACAACAGAAGAAAAAUAUGAAUGUUGAGUGCACAGUAAGAGAAAUCGCAACUGAAAAUGUCCGCCGAUUCCCAGCGUCGUUCAGCGUCCAGCACGGCUGCUGCUGCACGCUGCAUGCCGGCGAUCGUGCCCCCGCAGGCCGUUAGUGAUCGGUCGAUCAUCGACAGUGUGGCUGGGUUCAUCAAUGACGUGACGUUGCAGACGCAGGCGCCCCAGGGCGACGUCAAGGAUCACAUCCUGUGGGCAAAGUUCGAGAAUGCUGCCGACAUCAGCGAUCCCUGUCUCGGGGAAGACUGGGAGCUAGAGGGUGGCAUUGCGCCGCCACUGCUGCUGAUCCUGGGUUACGUUACAGGGAUUCAGGUUUGGAUCAUCCCAGCCAACGGGGAAGCGAUCGAGGUGCUCUCGUGGCGUCAUGGCAGUGUCAAAUGUAUGCGAGUUUUACCGACGCCAACCGUCGGAGACGGUGAAUCGGCCAGCGAACCGAACGAUCAGUUCAUCCACAAGCGGCCGCUGAUUGCGCUGUGCGAUUCGGCCACCAGCGGGAUCAUUGGCAGCGGCGGGAGCCUGGCCAGUGGCAACCAAUCGCAGUACUGCUCGAUCAACUUCAUAUCACUCAAGGACGGGGAGAAUGUGAAGAGCAUCAAAUUCAAGAACCCGAUUGUGGACAUCCUUGCGAACCGAUCGUCGGUGGUGGUGACAUUUACAGAACGGAUUGCGAUUUUCGAUGCACGUACGCUGGAAGAUCGGUUGACCGUUACUACGUGCCAUCCGAGUCCAGGUUUGAGUUCGAACCCGGUAGCGCUAAGUUCCCGUUGGAUCGCGUAUGCCGAGAAGAAGCUGCUUGCUUCGAAACGUUCGAGUGGUGGCUGCGAUGGCGAUGGAGUCACCAGCUACACUGCUACCGUGUUGAAUGCCGCAAAAAGCUUGGGAAAAGGUUUGCGAGAGCUGGGCGAGCAGAUGGCGGCAGGUUUAACCGGUGGCAGUCACUCGGGCCCGAGUUCUAUCGGCAGCAUGACUGGCGCUUCGGGUACGGUAGUCGCAAGCGAAGGCAAUCAGCCAGGAAUUGUUACGAUACUUGAUAUCAAGUUUCCAAUCAAGGAUCUAAGCCCGACUACGGGCACGCCAAUUGCCAGCACUGGUAACGAUCCCAUCAUAGCCCAUUUCGUGGCUCAUUCGGAGGCGAUUGUAGCCAUGCAAUUUGACGCUUCAGGCAUGCUGCUGCUAACUGCUGAUAAACGUGGCCAUGAUUUUCAUGUUUUUCGAAUUCAUCCGCACCCGAGUGGACCCUCGCUGGCCGCGGUUCAUCAUCUGUACAUUUUGCACCGUGGGGACACUAGCGCCAAAGUGCAGGACAUUGCAUUCUCACUCGAUUCCCGAUGGGUAGCGAUCUCAACGCUGCGAGGGACAACACACGUCUUUCCGGUGACUCCGUACGGUGGCCCGGCCGGGGUUCGAACGCAUGGAUCACCCCAUGUUGUAAAUAGACUAUCCAGAUUUCACCGUUCAGCUGGUCUGUCGAUCGACGGAAGAUCCAGCAGCCCCGUUUCGCACCUGGAGCACCCCGCGUCGCACACGCCGACAUCCGCCUAUGCCAACCCUCGGAUUCCACCGUUCCCGCACCCGACGGUGGUUCAGCCACUCGCACAACUUCGUCAGCCAUCGAGUCUCGGUACGCAAUCGAGCGGCAGUACCAGCAGCAAAAGCUCCAGCACCGGUGGCCGCCAGCGAAAUUCAUCUUCUUCCUCUUCGGAUGAUCUCGUCAAACCGCUGCGCGUGUGUGCCACCUUCGCGAAAGCACGUUCCUGGCUGCUGGACCCGCCAGGUUCGGCACGCGAUACCCCCGCGCACCGCAUGCAGCGCAAACCGAUGGAUUCGCUGUUCAUCAUCGCGGCCCACGGUGCACUGAUUCAGUACGAUCUAGAGCCGAAGCAUGCGGCCAAUAUCCCCAAAGAAAAAGUUUGCGACGACACACCCAUCGAGCUGGAGGUGGAAGCCAAGGCGCAGUGGACGCUACAGCGGCAGGAGAAUUCCGCAAGCGGAGGUGACAUUCAACCACCGCUACCGCUGGACAAUUGGCUGAUUAAGGAUCGCUUUCUGGAGGAGGGAACCGGUGAUACGGCAAGCGACUAUAUCGGCUCGGAUCAGCACCACCGUGGCGGCGGUGGUGGUGGUGGUGGUGGCGAUCAUCGAGGCAGUUCGAGCAGCAUCGAUCACGAUGACCGCUGGUUGUCGCAGGUGGAAAUCAUUACCCAUGCCGGACCACAUCGCCGUCUCUGGAUGGGACCGCAGUUUAUGUUCAAAACAUAUAACACGCCUAGCGGAUCACCUCUUACUUCGAUCGACACUGAUUCGGUGGAGAUCGGUGCCGGCAGCACGAUAAACCGGCCGGCACGUUCGAACCCGAUGAAUAUGCCCAUCUCUGGAGGUAUGAGGCCAUUGGUACCCGUACUCAUUGAAUCUGGAUCAUGUAGCAGCUAUGAGCAAAGCCCCAGGAUGAUCAACAUGACGGAGUUUCGCCAGCAUGAAAGCUUGGACACCGAGUUCUCGUCGCUCGGUCCGGUAGAAUCGCAGCUGCGCGAAGAUCUGGCUGAUGCCAUGCGUGAAUCGCCACUCAUCUCCAGCGGACGAGACACGACAGGCUACACGUGCGCCACGCCCAUCCCGGCCGGGUUGUCUUCGGUGUCCUCUUGCUCCUCCACCUCGAUCUACUCGUCGACGCACUCGUUGAACUCGAUCUGUGACCAUAAGCUGCCCCCAUCGAUCACUACCCACGCGCAGGGAGUUCCGGUGAAACACCAUCCGCACUAUCACCUGCAACAGCAAGAUCAGCACUCGUCCUCCCUUCCGACGAGCUGCUCGAGGCCGGCUUCGGCAGCCAGUAGCCGAGCCUCGGGCUCGAUCACAAUCGCCAAGGUCGUCAAUCCGCUGGGAACGGUUACCACCGUCUGUAGUGUGGAUUCCGAAGGACCGGACACCGGGGCGGAAGCUCGAACCGAUCGAGAUUGCGACGUUUAUAUGCACGAAAACUGCGACGAAGCACUAUUUCGACCGGUAGUGACUGUUCACGGAACAAGCGGACCGGAACGCGAUCGUCGCGGUUCCUCACUGGAUCGAAUCACCUCGGCUCAGCCUUCUGCAGAGGAGCCUCCCUCGUUGGUCGGCCGCGAGUUGAUCGUUCCGGUUAUCGAAGAGAAAAACAUGAUCUACUUUAGUAAAGCUAAAAAUAAGGAAGAGGAAAACGUGGCCAAGUUCGAGGAGCUGUCUUCUAUUAACAAGAAGAGUAAGAAACCGGAGGAACUGCAAAUCACCGCUCCAAAGUCCAGCAGCAAAGGCAAGACAAGGGAGGAGUUUGUAAAUAUUGAAGUGCAGGAGUGCAGACCGCCGCAGCAGGAACCGCCGAAAGUGACCGGUAGUAAACGGAAGGAGAAAACGCCCCCGAUAAUAUCAUCCACCAAGGGGGAGCGGAAAAAGAAAUCGGCUCAACCUGAGCCGAUCGAAGUCAUUGAAAUACCUGAACCGGAGGUGGAGGAAGUAGAACUGCCCCCAGUUGAGAAGCCUACCCGCAAUCAGAAGAAAGGAAGCGGUAAAAAGAAGGACGAACCGAAGCAGUCAUCGGUAACGGUUGGCAAAUCUAAACCGGCAGCACAAGCGGAAGGGAAAUCGAAAACAAGCAACAACAACACCGGCAGCGGAAGCGGCAGCGGCAACGCCAACAACAACGGCGGCACCAACAGUAGGAAAGAAAACAAGCAAGACAAUCGCAAACGAAAAGAUCAACCGGCGCAGCUGCCGCCGCCACCUCCGCCAGCAGCUGCUCCACCGCAGCCGAAGCCCGAACCCGAGGAUGUGGUAGAAGCGUCACCGCCGGUGCCGCAGCCUCCCCCGUCGGUGGUGACGGUUCAGCCACGUCUGGCGGUUGUUGUUCAUGACGACGAACUGCUGAAAUCGAUCUGCGACGAUUUUCCACCCCUGGAAGCGCUAAAAAUUGAUGAUUUAGAACUGUUUGGCGAAGCGAACGAACCGACAAAUUUAAAACUGACGCGCACGGAAAUUAGUGUUCAGGAAUCGAUGCUGGCCAGCUGCUCCGGUGGGGGCGUUGGAGCGGUGGAUCUGGUGGCUGGUGGCAGCGGUGGUGAGGCAUCAGCGGCGGUAUCUAGUGUAGUUAGAGAGAAAAGUGUUGAAGUUGAAGAGCCGGAAUUGAUGUGCGUGAGAGAAGUUGUGUGUGAGGACGAGCGGAAGGUGGAGAAGUAUUUUGAUCCGUCGGUUCUUCGAUAUGAAAUGGAUUCGCCGGAACCGUUGCCUCCACUGGAACCGUUCGUGUGCAAAGAUUUCGAUGAUUUGGGUUUUAAUGAAUGCUUAAGAGAGAAGCUGAUGAAGCAGCCGAGCGAGGAGAGGACUCUGAUUAACUUCGAGAGUCCACUGCAGGAAGAGGCUAAGGAAGUGGUUCCCUCGAAGGGUCGUACCCUGCUGGAGGACAGAAACAUUGUGUUUGCCAUGUGCUCCAGUUUGCGAGACGGCAGUUCGGCUGGAGCGGGAGAUCCCAGCGGUUCUCAGCAAGCGGGAGGAAGUAGAAGUCUGUCAUCGUCGAUGAUGCAAUCGGGUCCGGUUGUUCUGCGGCAGCAGCUGUCUGUCGAAGGGCAAGAUUCGGACUACAAAAGUUUAGAGCUGGACAUCGACGAUACGGCGAUGUUCAUGUCUAGGCUUCCGGUGUCGUCGGCAUCGGACGAAGAGACGUCCAACUCCAACAAUGACGACGCCGAUGAAGAGUCGAAGACUUCCAGCAAACAUCUGCGAGCUGGUGACGAUGAGGACGAAGAACUGGAGCCGCUGAUCUCGAGCAAUAAAACAUCAUCUUCAUCGCUGUCGACUACGGUUGUCGGUUGCGUCCCGGGUGCCAGUGGGCUCACCGACAGCGUAAGCAACUCCAUGACCACUUCCGGUAUUGUGGCAGCAGCCGGAAGUCCAGCCAAGACACCAAUAAUAACAACAACAACUUCAGCACUGCCAACGACGGAAGCGAACCAAAGUGAGCAAAGCGACAAGCAGACAACGGCGGCGGCGGCGGCAGUGGAAUCGGAGGCAAAGCAGUCGUCCAACAACAACAGCAACGGCGGGAACAAUGGCAAUAAUGGCGGCGGCAAUGGCAAUGGCAACGGCAACGGGAACGGCAAGAAGCGCUCGAAGAAACGGCGCAAAUAAUUGGCGGUCUGGCGGAUGAUGCUGCUAGUGGCCACCGGUGGCGUGGUGGUGCUGAUCGCCGCAUCACUGCUGGUUUUGCUCGUGCUAUCGUAUCUGCUGCUUGUGCAGCUCUGCUACGCGCUAGUGUUAUAUUUAUUGUAUUAUUUCUAGGAGCUGGCCGGUGGCCUGCGCCUGCGCCUGUGCUGUGUUGCUUGCUCUCCGUCGAGCGGCACGAGCAGCGGCGGGCAGGGCAGCACAGCAGCGGGCGAGACGCCCCAGAAGGGCGCCUGACCCUUCAAAAAAAAAAAGCAAAAGCGUCAUCAGAAAACACGUGUAGCGUUUAGUUUAGUUUAAUUUCAAAGUUUAUUUAAAAGCGAAAACAAAAAAAAAACAAAACAAAGCCAGCAGAUCGGUUCUUUCCGCGCUCUUUCGACGACGGAUUUUAAUCUUUUCUUUUUAGUGAGGUAUUGUUAUUAUGGUUUCAACACACACACACAGAAAAAGGUAUUUAUUAUGUUUAUUAGGAGGAUUUUUUCCAGCGCUUUUCGGCAAGCGGGCGGCUAGCUCUGAACUCUAUCAUACUUAAAUUUAUUUGAGAUUUUUGGGAAAACGACAAGUCGACAGCUGAUCGUCGCACACAAAAAAAAACUGCACAGAAAAAAAGGCUCAAUCCCAUUGUGUACAUCGUUUUAAUGCAUGUUAAACUUAGUUCGUCAUUUUAUGUAAAAGUUGAUUUCACCUCAAAAAAUAUACAGUUUUACGUCCACGCAUAUUGUUCUACCUUCUAUUCACGAAGAAAGUUCUAGUUUGGAAUAAUUUUUUUACUCGUACUGAUUGCACCUUUUUAGAAGCGAAAAAAGCCAUCUAAUAAUAUUAAGUAGGCGCGUUUAAAUUGAAGAAGAAAAAAACACACAAAUGAUUGACGUUUGCUUCGUCCCGGUACAAUAGAAGACUAGCCUACUGCUUGUCGGAUUUCCUGACUUCCUUGUCCGGUAUUGAUAGGUACAGUAAAGAUUUGUAUAACGUGAAUAACAAACACACGUAGCAUAUAAAUAAUGAGUUAAUUUGGGGCUAAACAUUGAUUUCGAGCGAUUUUCAACAGAUAGAUACGACCGUGGCGUGCUUUAAAAAGUUGUAGGGCAUAUAAUAGUUGACCCUCUAAGUGAUACACGGAACUCAUGAAGUUACGGGUUGGCUUUCGCAAGGUUUUGGAGUAUCCGUUGAAAUUUUUGUUUUUGUAAAAUUUCUCUGAAAGCCUUGAAAAUAUUUUUAAGGCAAUUAAAGUCGGGUAAUUGGUAUAAUUUAAAAAACAGUACUAAGUAAAUGACCUUAGAAAGUCGUCAGGCAGUCCUUCGGAAAAUCCGGAAUAUAUCGUAUAUGUUGGCCGUUGGAUGGCUUAGCUUAGGGCUUACGGCUUAGGGGGAAAAUGAAAGCUUACCAGCAGUUAGUGGUCAACGAGCGACAAUUGUUCUGGUAAUGCAAGUGUUUUUUUUAACUUAUAAUAGAUCAAGAUAAAAUAGAACAUCAGCAGUUGAUGGCUCGACUGUCGGAUCACAUUCUUCUCCUAGCAGCUUAGAGCCUGAGUUCGUAUUUUUCUUCAACCAAAUCUUCUCUGCUUCGCGUUUUAGUCUGGUUUACUGAUCUGCCACUGUCGUCCGCAAAGCGGAUAAAUUGACUAGAUUUAUUAAAAAUUGUGCCCCGCAUUUUGAUCGUCGUUCGUCUUAUAACACUUUUAAGCUCAGGAGAGGCCAUCGCCGACAAUCCACCCGAGAUUUUCACACAGCACUGGAUCCCAUCCAUUGUAGCCCUGAUAAGUGUAGUAAGCUUACCCGGAAAGCCAUUUUCGUCCAGAAUUUUUUAUAGCUCUUGUCGGUUUACACUAUCAUAUGCGGCUUUGAAAUCAAUAAAUAGGUGAUGCGUAGGAGCUCGCGGAAUUCGCGGAAGAUUUUUGCAACCCAAUCCUUCUAGUCUUCGUUUGUAGUCUGGCGUAGAUUGACUCCGUCAUCCCAAAGUUUCUAGUAAUGAUGUCUGCGAGGGCUGGGAGUCGGCUACAUUUGCCGAAGAUCGUUCCUCCCGUUUUGAGGCCCGCUCAUCGGAUCACAACUUCGAUAGCGAUGUUGAAUAACAUUCAGAACAGUUAUCCCCUUGCCGUAACCCUCUGCGCGAUUCGUAGCACAUCACUCGAUCCGUUAUAGCUUCGAUCAGCCGAGUCAGCCGCGUCGGAAAAACGUUUUCGUGCAUUAUGUGCCAUAGCUGUCUCUUUUCAGAGAGCGAACUAAGGCGCUAUAACCUUGGUCUAUUGCAGCCUGGCUUGUGGUCUAAAAACCAUAAGUUCAUCCCCGAGGGUCCAGAGUAUCACUUAGCCUUUAUUAGUAAAGAUACUCCCAACGACUGCAUACUGCAUAAUGUAAUAUGUAAAUUAAUCAAUAUCUUCAAGGGAAGCGUUUGGUACGGGAGGUCCACGCUUUCUUCCGUCCCCUUGAUUUUAAUGAGUUGAACGGAAUUAAGUAUCAUUUCUAAUUCCACUUAUUUCUUUGGAAUUUUCUCUGCGGAACGUGCUGCGCAGUUGGCCCGGCCGUGGACAAGAAAAAUGAUCGAUUCAAGCAAUUGUCAUUUUCCAGAAUGCCUUCAAGUAUUGGCAGCGUUAGUGUGAGAUAAGAUAAGAUUAUCUGUGAUAGCUGUUCGCGCUUGACUGUAUCGUAACCUGCCUUGAAAUCCACAAAAAUGCUUCACACAUCUCUGGGGGAUUUGUCGGAGAGUGAAAAUUUUCAGGCACCAUUGAGAUGGCCAUCGAAGAACAAGUUUCCCUCCUCGUCCCUACACCUAUCAGGCUUCGGUGUGUACGAGUUUGAUUCACCUCGGAAUCACCAUAGUUCGGAAUAGUUGUCUGUCCACCUUCUGGCGCUUUUUCCUCCUCAGGAUUGUCUAAGGUAUCAGCAUCUGUGGCUCGAGUAGCACGUUCCUCACAAGCGUGUGGAUUUCUCAGGAUCGUGGUCAACUAAUUCCGCGCUUCUUUUACACUUUCAUCCACUCUUAUUUGAAAUUCUAGUCGUUUUACUAGUCGUCAACUAAUUCCGCGCUUCUUUCACACAUUUUCAUCCACUCUUAUUUAAAAUUCUAGUCGUUUUUGAAGAUCUUCCCUGUUUGGCGGAAUUUGACAAUCGCCCAGAAUUUUUCUAUUGGAUGAAGUUCUGUUGAGUUUGGUGGAUUUGUCCAAGAAUUUCUUCGCAAAUUUGUCGACCUUCUUCCGGAACAUCCAGGCGGGACUUGCCGACGAAAAACUCCAGGCCGGGGAUCUCACGUCUCGUCGUCAUUCUAUUCAUCAGUUCGGUUAGAUGCCUUCCUUACCUUGAAGACUUGAUGCCCGGCCCGCUUCAUUGUCUGUUGGAAGAAUUGAGCUUCUUGGCCACGUCCCGCAUUAAAAGGUUCGAAUUGUGCUUGAAGUAAUUCCUCACCUUCCUUGCCUUUACGGGAUCGCUCGUUUUUGCUUUUCGUACGCUGCCAACUCGCCGCUGGGUCGUCUAGGUCUUCUUGAACGAUUUCACCCACCACGACCGGGACACGGUCGAAUGGUCGAUUUCCAACUGUUUAGCAAUCCAUCUGUGGUGGGACUGGCCUGGAUUUUCAACGACCGCGCCCUUAAUUUUUAGUUGAAGCAUUUCUUGCUUGGCCUUUUGCCAUCUCGAAUGAUCUCAGGUCAGGUGAUCUCCAGGUGGCUUUGUGGAUAUCUUUGUGGGCAAAGAAAGUGUAUCCGAUCGUGUCGAUGUGCAGCUUAUGGGACCCGAUCUUGAUGUCCUGUGGCGCACAGCUAGCGUACAUUUACUUCAGCUGCCAUAGAACGCUUCCUUCUCGUCGUCGGGUCAUGCUUCGUGUGGACAAUGCACGUUUAUGAUAAUGUAGUUGAAGAAACGACCUUUUAUCCGAAGGCGGUUCCAGCCUAUCACGCGAUCCUGCAUUCUGCCCAUCACGAUAAAGCCCGAUGUUAGCUCUCGUUGGUCGCUUCACCGCUCUGGCAAAAUUGGGCGUUGCCAGCAUGGAUUCUCAAGACCUCGCCUUUGCAACUGAUCUUCUGCAUUACGGCGGUGUUGAUCUUUCGAGGUUUUAACUGAUCGAGCAACACAUUGUUGCCACCCAGGAAAUUCAGCGAUCUUCAGUUCCAGAUAGCGAGCAUCCAUUCUAAGUCAAAUUCCCUUGAUUUUUCGUAGUUAAUUUGACUUUAGUAGGUUGUUUUACUAGGACCACGCUACCGAGUCUCGUGAUGGGGCUACCAUCUUAGUAGAUGUAGUGCCGAAACAAUACAUUUCUUAAUUCAGCCGUUCGCUCCGGAUUAGACGCUGUAGUGAGCCGCUCCUAAUCGCAGAUUACAAUCGUGCACUUGGUAGAAGAAUCGACAAACCCUGACAGAUGAUCUUCUUCGCUGCUCUCAGCGUUGGCAUGAGUGCCUCCUUUCCUAUAGGGUUACGACCUUAGUUUUCACCGAGGUAGGUUACCCGAUCUCCACUCAGAUUACUAUUCCGGUAGGUACCACGAAGAGGAGGAAUCUUUUCCAAUUCCUGCUCCUAUUUUAGGUAUAUCUAUUUCAUAUUGUUCAACUGGAAAUUAAAUGAAAAUGAUUCCGGACUCAAAGAACAGUUUUUCGCUCAUUAAAUACUUUCGUGGAUUUUCCGAAGAAUUUAUGAUGGCUUCUCAGCCUCAGGUACUUUAGAAAGAAUUUUAAACCUUUGCGAAAACGUCACAGAAAUGAAAGUUAAAUGGAUGUUUCGGAAGCUCCGAGAGGCCAUAAACGGGAUGCUACGUGAACACGGUCUUAAUUAACCGCACUAUACAAAUCUUUACUGUACUUAAUGCCAAGCCAAUCAAGCAACAACAUCGUGGUGUGCAAGUGCAAGGCUUUUAGCGAUUUAGUCGAAAACAAACAAGCAAACAAACAAACAAACAAGAAGAAGAAGUAUAUUUUCAUACAAAAGAACGGAACUACUUUUGUUGACACUGAUUUUUAGUCAUGUUUUAAGUAUUUUUUAGGGUAUAAAAUCGUUCAAAUCGUGUAGACUUUUAAGGGCAUUGUUAACAAAUCAAUACAUUAAACAAAAACGUAAUUUAAAUUCAUAUCUAGGAAGGACAGUCUUUUUCAUCCAGCCGUUUAAACGCUUUUUCCAUUGUUUUUUUUCUUAUUUUGUUUCGCAUGUUCAGAAGAAUCCAAAAUGUGGUUAGGUUUGCUUUGAUUUUCCUGUCCAUCGGGCAAGUCGUUCAAUUUUGUCAUAAUCGUUGAAAUUAUGAGCUCAAACUGACUGAUAAACAAAAAAAUAAUAACGGGGAAAAAACAAAAAUAAGUGCUAUAAACAUUUUGCGAGCUCACCACCACCCGGGAACGAUUGUUGAUUUCCGUUUUUGUACAGUUUUGUGAUUUAUUAACGCGAUAGGAAGCAUCUCAUCAUACACAAACACCCGCACACUCACACACUCACUAAUACAUAUAAACGAAAGUGAAUUCAUUACUGUUGUUGACGUUAAAAAAAUCAUUACUCCGCUAGAUAGAAUGUUUCCUCACGGUCGAUUUCUGUUUGCGCCGCCGCUAUAUAUAGUAGUAGUGUGCAUUUUUCCUAAUCUUGCUUCGCGGGCUAGCUAGCUAGCCUUCUUCCAAACUAUAAUACGUCCUGGUGACUGUCCGUUUUUCCAACCCACCAGCGACCAUUUCUUCUUCCCUCUUCUUCACUAUUCGAGAGCCGCGACGUCAAACACGACAGCUACUGUACAAAAAACAAAAUAAAAAAAAACAAAGCGUGCGUUACAUGCUAAUAAUUCAAUCAUAAACAAAUAGUGAUCGUUCUCAAAUCUCUAGUAAAAGUUGUUAAUUUACAUAAAACGAUUGUAAAAGAAAACAUUAGUUAACCAGCGUAACGUAAGUCCUUCGCCUGCCCCGGACGAACACAGGACCACCCAAGUAACCUGGUUGAGUUUUAUUGCACUCUUAUUGCGCUUUUCGUAACCGAUUCGGGUCACCAAAACCGUCAUAAGAGUGCCGUAAAACCUUUACCCCGUUACUUGAGCAUAGACGAUCUCCGAAAAAAGAAGUUACAUAUUUUUGCUUUUUGCGCAGAUACACACAUACACACAUAGGGGCGCAGAAAACGUGACCUCACGCGUGCGUGGCCACGCGCGAUGAUUUCGAUGGAAAAUGGCUUAACAUUGUUGCACUAAAACACUAAAACCAGACCAGACACACCAAAAGUAAAGAAAAAAAAACAAAAAACAAACAAAAACACACAAGCAUAAAUGCGAUGCUUCGCGUUGUUACGCGAAAUAGUAAACAUAAAGAAGGUAAAGAAAAAAACACAACAUAACACACAGGCUUAGUUGUUCGGUGAGACACAGAGGAAGAGGGUGGGGAGUGGGUAGAAACCGAGAGAGAGAGAAAGAUUUGAAAACAACACGAAAAGUUAGAGUUUAUUUGUAGGUGAGAACAAAAAAAAAGCAAAAAAUCUGAACAAAGCAAAAUAAAAAAGAAAUGUGAUUGUUUGUAUAUUUAUCGAAGAAAACAAAAAGAAGAAAUGAUCUAAAAAAAAAGUAGUACGAAUAAGAGUAAACUAAUUUAUGAUAGUGUAAGUUCAAGCAAAGACGGCGAAAAAAUUAGAAAAAAAAAUUUAAAAAAAAACUAAACCAGAAAAACCAGAAGAGAAAAAAUGAGAAUAAAAAAAUGGAAAAUCAGAAAAUCCAAAACCUGAACAAUUUUUUUCAGUACCGAACCAAAAUAAAAAAUUAUGUUAAAAAAUCAAUUUCA